AUGGCAAAAGAGGGCUUUGGAAAGAUAGAGGAUAUGUUGGCCGGUGACAAUGAUUUGUACACAGUCUCUACAAUCUUCUGGGUUUUCAGAACAUACGGUUACAACAUCUCUUCCGACGUGUUUGAGAGAUUCAAAGGGGGAAACGGAAAGUUUAAGGAAUGUCUAAUCGAGGAUGCCAAGGGUAUGGUGAGCCUGUAUGAAGCCGCUCACUUGAGGACAACAACAGAUUAUAUAUUGGACGAAGCUUUGAGCUUCACGACAAUAAAGUUAGUGUCGUUAGCUGAAAAUGGAGCAAGUUCUUCUCGUAUCUCAACGCGUAUACGAAAUGCUCUUUGCACGCCUCAGCAUUUUAAUGCCGAAAUGGUGUUCACAAGGGAAUACAUUACAUUCUAUGAACAAGAAGAAUAUCACAACAAGAUGCUACUGAAAUUUGCUAAGCUCAAUUUCAAGUUCUUGCAGCUGAAUUGGAUUCAAGAACUGAAAACUUUCACCAAGUGGGCUCCAGAUUGCGCAGACAGUUUACCAGAAUAUAUGAAAACCAUUUUCAAGUUUGCUUGGAAUGUUAUCAAAGAGUGUGAAAGCGAGGGCAUAUCUGAAGAAGGCUUGUCAUUCAAUGUGCAAGGUUUACUUGAAGAGUUCAAGAUAUACAUAAGAGCCAACCUUUGCUUCGCGGAAUGGGCGCACACAGACGUGGUGCCUACAUUUGAGGAAUACUUUAUCCAUAGCAGGCAGUUUACUUGGGCUGGGAAAAACUGCUAG